AAUUUUUGAUAGUUAAUAAUUAGUUCUUUGAAACGAUUCUGAUCUGCUGGCUUCACUAUUAAAAGUCGUGUAAACUUUUGUUCCUGCUGCUUGAUUCAGAUGGAACAGAAAACACGAGAUAUGCCUCGGAUUGUUUAUCCCUGUGCAGCUUGUAAGAUUCAACGAAGAAAAUGCGGAGAUAAAUGCGCUCUUGCUCCUUAUUUUCCACCAAGUGAUCUUCACAAGUUCAUAGUGGUACACAAAUUGUUUGGAACAAGCAACAUUGUCAAAACCCUUCAGGAAAUUCCGGCAGAGAAGAGGGCAGAUGCUGUAAAUAGCAUGGCAUAUGAAGCAAGUGAGAGAGUGCGCGAUCCGGUCUACGGUUGCACCGGAAAAAUUUGUCGAUUGCAUAAGCAAGUAUUACACCUCCAAUCACAGCUGGCAAUCGCUCAAGCCGAGCUCCUCAAUACACACGCUAAUCUCAUGUCUCUCCUGACUGGAAUUUGUAAUGCUGGUGAAGAAAGUAGUACAUCGGAUGUAGUACAGCAGAGUGAUCCAAUUGAAGACGACUUAAUUGUUUGGCAAGAUGACGAUGAGGAUCCGUUUGGAUUGUGGGAGCCACUGUGAACGUUGUCAGGCUGUCGAAUUUGUUCUCUAUUCCAUCUUAUGUCUAAGUUUACAAGCAUAACUUAUUAAUGAUAUUUAUACCUAGGUAUAUUGACUGUGGUGCUACCACACAAUCAGAAAACAGUAGUCAAUGAAAUGGUUGGUGGACGCAUUGUGCCUCUAUGGGCACCGCCCAUGUCAUCUGAGUGUUAAGCCUGAGACAAGUUAUCCAGUAUGUCCAUGAAGGGCAAUAUCAUUUGAAUUCUCUUUGUUUUUAUCAAUGGAUGCAUCAUUUAAGGUCGUCUCUGA